GCUUGCAUGUGCAAUGGAGCAAUCCACGGCGAGAACAAUGGCGGCAAGAUCGUGGCUGCUGCUUCUCUGCCUCGCCGCCGUCGCCACUGCCGGCGUGCUCCAAGCUCGCGCCCAGCCCGACAGCAUCGGUUUCAUCAGCAUCGACUGCGGGCUCUCGGGCACGGCGAGCUACGUGGACGACACCAACACGCUGUCGUACGCCCCGGACGCCGCCUUCGUCGACGCCGGCUCCAACCACAACAUCUCGGCCGAGUACAUCACGCCCAAGCUCGGCAAGAGCUACCUCAACGUGCGCAGCUUCCCCGACGGUGCGCGCAACUGCUACACGCUCCGGUCCCUCGUCGCGGGGCUCAAGUACCUCGUCCGCGCCACCUUCAAGUACGGCAACUACGACGGCCUCGGCCGGCCGCCCAUCUUCGACGUCUACAUCGGCGUCAACUUCUGGAGCAUGGCGAACAUCACGGACGCCGACACCCCUCUGCUCCUCGAGGCCAUCGUCGUCGUGCCGGACGAUUUCGUGCAGGUCUGCCUGGUGAACACCGGCACCGGCACGCCGUUCAUCUCCGGGCUGGACCUGAGGCCGCUCAAGAGCACGCUCUACCCGCAGGCGAACGCAACUCAGGGCCUGGUCCUGCUCGGCAGGAUCAACUUCGGCCCCACCGAUGCCACGGACAUCGUCAGGUACCCUGAUGAUCCGCACGACCGAUUCUGGUUGCCCUUGGUGGACGCUACGAGCUGGAACUCGAUAUCGACGACCCAGAGGGUGCAGAACAUAGACAACGACCUGUUCGAGGCGCCGUCCAAGGUGAUGCAGACGGCGAUCACGCCGCGGAACGCCUCCAAGAACAUCGAGUUCUCCUGGGACCCGGAGCCGCAGCCCAAGAACCCGACGCCGGGGUACGUCGCCAACAUGCACUUCACCGAGCUGCAGCUCCUGCCGAGCAACGCCACGCGCCAGUUCUACAUCAACCUCGACGGCAAGCCGUGGUACCCGAAGCCCUUCACGCCGCCGUACCUCACCACCGACGCCACCUACAACAGCAACCCCUAUAGGGGGCUCGCGCACUACAACAUCUCCAUCAACGCCACCGCCAACUCGACACUGCCGCCGAUCAUCAACGCCAUCGAGGUGUUCUCCGUCAUCUCCACCACCAACGUCGCCACGGACUCCCAGGACGUAUCUGCCAUCACGGCGAUCAAGGCGAAGUAUCAUGUGCAGAAGAACUGGAUGGGUGACCCAUGCGUUCCAAAGACUCUUGCGUGGGAAGGGUUGACGUGCAGCUACGCCGUUUCCACUCCUCCAAGAAUUACAGGCGUAAAUCUAUCCUUCAGCGGUCUGAACGGUGAUAUAUCAUCUUCUUUUGCAAAUCUCAAGGCCGUCCAAUACAUGGAUUUGUCACACAACAACUUGACAGGUUCGAUCCCUGAUUCCCUUUCGCAAUUAUCUUCACUGACAGUUCUAGAUUUUACUGCCAACCAGCUCAACGGAUCGAUCCCUUCUGGACUUCUCAAAAAAAUCCAAGAAGGAUCCCUGAAUCUAAGAUACGGCAAUAAUUCAAACCUCUGCAGCAACGGCAACUCGUGUCAGACGACGAAAGGGAAGAGCAAGCUAGCCAUCUACAUAGCCGUUCCUGUAGUUCUAGUUGUGGCAAUAGUAUCAGUGGUAGUACUACUCUGCUGCAUCCUAAGACGACAAAAACGAGGAACGACGAUUAACUCUGUGAAGCCUCAAAACGAGACGCCGAGGAGCCAUGUGCCAACAGGCGACGCGUAUCCGCAGAGCUCGCUGCAGCUUGAGAACCGCCGGUUCACGUACAAGGAGCUGGAGGUGAUCACGAAUAACUUCCAGCGCGUACUCGGCCGAGGAGGGUUCGGGAAAGUCUACGAUGGCUUCUUGGAGGAUGGUACCCAGGUGGCAGUCAAGCUGCGGUCGGAUUCUUCCAAUCAGGGUGUUAAGGAGUUCCUAGCAGAGGCCCAGACCUUGACCCGGAUUCACCACAAGAAUCUCGUGUCUAUGAUCGGGUACUGCAAGGAUGGGGAGUACAUGGCACUUGUCUACGAGUACAUGUCAGAAGGAACCCUGCAAGAGCACAUUUCAGGAAAUGGCCGCAAUGGAGGAUUCUUAAGCUGGGCACAGAGGCUCAGAAUUGCACUGGAAUCAGCGCAAGGUCUGGAGUACCUACAUAGAGGGUGCAACCCACCUCUCAUUCACAGGGAUGUGAAGGGGGCCAACAUCCUACUGAAUUCCAAACUGGAGGCCAAGAUCGCCGAUUUCGGCUUGACCAAGGCCUUCAGUCGCGAGAAUGGCACGCAAGUAUCCACGAAUACCCUUGUCGGUACACAAGGAUAUGUAGACCCAGAGUACCACGCAACAGGUAAGCCGACGACAAAGAGCGACGUCUACAGCUUCGGCGUCGUGCUGCUGGAGCUGGUCACGGGAAGGCCGGCCAUUUUCCGAGACCCCGAGCCAACCAGCAUCAUCCUGUGGGCGCGGCAGCGCCUCGCGCGGGGCAACAUUGAGGGCGUCGUGGACCCGCGCAUGCGCGGCGACCACGACGUGAACACUCUGUGGAAAGCCGCGGACAUCGCGCUCAAGUGCACGGCGCAGUCGUCGGCGCAGCGGCCGACCAUGACCGAUGUUGUGGCGCAGCUGCAGGAGUGCCUCGAGCUCGAGCAGGCUCGCGCCGGUGGCGCGAAUGGCAGCUUCUACACCGGCAGCAGCAGUGACCCGUACUCGGGAUACAACGGCUCCACUGCUGACGGCCAGUCCACUGACGUGAGCCGGAGCAGCACUGCGUUUGAGAUGGAUCACAAUUUUGGGAGGGCGCCAACGAUGCCCACGGGUCCUGCUGCACGAUAAAGACUUCGCUGCCCGUCUGG